GUGGAUGGCCUUGACAUGAAGAAAUGGGACCACAAGAAGGAGUUGUCCAUCAAGAACAUCAUCAACGACAAACUGCGGUUUCCUGACCCGGUGAAGAUGGCCAGGAGGAUUGAAUGGGCAGAAGGCAAGUACCACACACAGCUGAACAAGAACCGCUCCCUCCAGACCCAGAUCGAUAGUGCCAUCUUUCUGCGGGACAAGUUCAUGACGGAGGAGGCCAGGCUUCUACAGAAGCUGGACAGCCUUAACCGGAGCGUCACCAUGCUUAUGCACAGCACUAGUGAUAUCUAUGAGCAGAGAGACCGGGCAGAAGGCACCAAACUCAAGGUGAAGGAGCACCUGGCCAAGGUCAAGGACCAGUACGAGCGGGAAUUGCUCAACAUCAGCCUGGCCAUUAACGACGACAAGAAGAUGGAGCAGUUCAUGCGCACCAAGCACAAGGACAUCAUCCAGUACCUGCAGCAGAAGCGGGACAAGGACCUGGCCGACGCCACCGAACUGUUCAACAAGAAGGACAACUACGCCGAAGCCUUCGACGCCAUCCGGGCAUCCACGGGCAAGGAGGACCUCAACCAAAUUGUCCAGGACUUUAUCGAAGCAGAGGAGGACAACUUCAUCACCUUCCUCAACAUUGGGGAGAUUCUGGAUGAGAAUGAGAACAUCCGGUCGCAGAUCCGGAACUUGAGGCGGGAAAAUGUUGCCAUGGAGGAAAGGGACAUUGGCAUCUUCCAGGACACGGAAGCUGACAUUCGCAACAUUCGGGUGAGUGUGGAUUCGUACAGGGCCAGGAGCGAGGCUUGCAACCAGCGUUUGGCCGAGCAGAGCAAAAUGAUUGAGGAGUUUACCGGCCAUAUACAGAAUAUCUUUGGCAUCAUGAAGCUGGACAAGUCGGCCUUGGGCAAGGAUGGUCAGAUCAAGGAGGCCAACCUGCUUGCAGUGAUGACCACAAUAGAGAAGGAACUCAGCGAAGAGAUGCGAGACUUCUGCAUGGUGGAGUUGUCGACAAGGGCUAUAAUCAGAUCCAAGACGAAGACAACUGAAGAUGAAAAAAUGAUCACACGAAUCCCAUCGUUCCACAUUGGGCCUCAUGCGCCACCGAAACUGAUACCCGUGAAUCUUGU